UAAGAUUUCUAUCGUGUUAUCCGUGAAAUGAAUAUAUACUCGAUAGUUAAUAGGCAAAUCGCAUUUCGCAGAAUUAAACAUUAAUCGUAUUGAAUCACAAUAUGGAUAAGGAGGUUAAAAAAGAUCAAAAAGAUGAUAGUCUAAAUGUGGAAAAACAAAAUGUUUUAUCUGAAUCAGAAGUAGAAAAUUAUUCUGAGAUGGAAAAAUUACGUAGAUAUUUAGCUCAAAAAUUAAGACUUGUUGACUUGCCAGCAAAUGAUCAAAAUAAUGAACCACAGCAAUUGGUUCUUUCCAAACUCAGUUUAGAUGGAAUUGUUGAGUAUAUUAAAGAAAACACAAAUUGCAAAAUCAUUACCAUGGCAGGUGCUGGAAUCUCUACCUCUGCUGGAAUACCAGAUUUUCGGUCUCCAUCUAGUGGACUUUAUCAUAAAUUAGAUAAGUAUAAUUUACCCCAUCCGCAAGCUAUUUUCGAAUUAGAUUUUUUUAUGAAGAAUCCAGAACCAUUUUUCACUCUCGCAAAGGAAUUGUUGCCAGAAGGCUUCAAACCUACUAUAAGCCAUUAUUUUAUUCGUCUAUUGUCAGAGAAAGGUUUGUUGUUGCGACAUUAUACACAGAAUAUUGAUACGCUAGAACGUGUAGCUGGAUUAUCAUCUGACAAACUAGUGGAAGCUCAUGGAACAUUUCAUACUGGUCAUUGUCUUAAGUGCCGAGCGCCUUAUACACUUCUGUGGAUGAAAGAAAAAAUAAUAGAAGGCAUAAUACCAAAAUGUGAAGAAUGUAAUGAAGGUGUUGUAAAACCAGACAUAAUCUUUUUUGGUGAAACGUUACCCGAACGCUUCCAAAUACUUGCUGAUCGAGAUUUCAUACAAGCUGAUCUUUUAAUUAUCAUGGGAUCAAGUUUAGUAGUGCAACCUUUCGCAUCGCUAAUAGAUAGAGUACGAAACACUUGUCCUCGUUUACUCAUCAAUAAUGAGAAAGUAGGUACGCAAGACCGUCUAUCACGUUUCUUAGGAUUACGGCAGGGUUUGGUAUUUGAUAUCAAGAGCGCACAUGGAGGACGCGAUGUAGCUUGGUUGGGUGAUUGUGACACAGGUUGUCAACUACUAGCGGAUAAACUUGGCUGGGGGGAUGAAUUGCGAGCUCUCAUGCAAAGAGAACACGAAAGAUUGAAAGUAGAAGAUAAAAGUGAUAAUUAACUGAUGUUGCUUGAAUAAUGCUAUUUAGUGGUUUUUCUUUAGAAUGAAUAGAUUAUCUUUUUAUUAACACUGUCAUUUGAAAAACAUUAAA